UAAAAUGUCAGUCCAUCACACAGACAAGGCAACUCCUUGUGGCCCUGACAGCCCUCAGCAUCUGUGGAAACUCAACAAGCACUUCCCAGCAUCGCAACAUGCCCUCUCAACUUAAUGCGUACCUGCUCUCUGCAGUGUUGCUAGCAGCUCUGCUACCGAGUGCUCCUGGAGCUCCAGUUGAAAACAUCACCACUGAGAGUGUGGAAGACGACUUCUCAGGUGACGAGAUGGGGCCAUCUGACCUACUAGGGACCCCCGAAGCUCCACCUGGAAACACGACUACUAAUGCCACAGGUGUGGGUUUGGGGCCCACUGACCUACUGGUCACCUACUGGUGUGGGAUCCUUCAUCCAGCUGAAGAGCACCACAAGGCACAGCUGAAUGAAGCUGAUUUCACACAUAUUGGAGUGAACUACAACUACGAAUUCCCCUCAUUUCCAACAGCAUGCCCUAACUCCAACUUCAAUGAGGCUUGUCUUCACUUGUUGGUUGAAGGCCUGAACACCUAUGCAGUUCUUUUCAAGCAUGUGGAGAAGGAAUAUUCCAACAAUGCAGUCCUCAUGGCCGUCAAAAACUACAGCCCACACCUGAUCAGCUUAAUUAAAAGAAAGAUGAGGGAUCCUGAAAAUGUCACGAUGCUGACCAGCAGCCAGGAGGAGCAGCUACUGAAAGACAUUGACAAUACAGAUACUUACCACAGACGGAAAACUGCAAACAGCAUCCUCAUGCACUUCCGCAACUUCAUUGUCGAUGGCAUAAGACCAAUUCUUCAAAUAGAGAAGAAAAGGUGCCCCCAAUAAUGUAUUGGACCAAUCCUUUUAGGAAUACCUCAGGGAAACUAGGUAGGGUUUAUGUCUAUUUUUAAGAGGAAUCAUGAAAGAAUCUGAGAUGAAUGGCUUUAUAGCUAUCUGCUAUAUGGCUUAAUGCCUUGAAUUG